AUGAAGGAGAAGAAGAAGGGAAAGAAAAAUACAAAACUCAUGGGAGAUGGCCUUCCACGCAUGCUUUCAGGCGACGGCUUCUACGAGCAAGUGGUGAAAUUCACGGAAUGGCAACAGCAGCAGGUUGAGGAGGCCGGAAGGAAGGCAGAUGCGAGGACAGCAUGGAAGGAGGCUGUGAAGGAAUGGGAGGCAAAGAAUGCUGAGAUUGAUGCAGCGAAGGAGGAGCUGAAGACAGAGGUGGCAGCUUGGACCAAGAUGAAGAAUGCUGCGCGAGCGAAGAAAACCAGGUUCAGCAUCCCGAAACCACAACGUGAUAUUGAAAAAAAGGCACCAAAACCGACCUUAAAAUCAUUCAUAGCAGCCGCCAAAAAGUCUCUCGAGCAAGAAAAUGUCCAUGGUGAUGAUGAAGCAGAGCUGAGUGACGGUGAAAGCGAUAGAGAGAGCGACGAGGAUGACGAGGACGAUGAUUGA